AUGAAUCUUGUAAGGUUUAUGAACAACCGCGUUCCUCCUAACAAGAGAUACCAGCCCACUGAAUAUGAGCAUGCUGCCAACUGUGCCACGCAUGCGUUAUGGAUAAUCCCCAGCCUGCUGGGCAGCUCAGUGUUGCAUUUCCAGUCAGAGGACCAAUGGGAGCGGCUGUCAGCCUGGGUGUACGGGGCGGGGCUCAGCUCGCUCUUCAUCAUCUCCACCCUGUUCCACACUGUGGCCUGGAAGAAGAGCCACCUACGGUCUGUGGAGCACUGUUUCCACAUGUGUGACAGGAUGGUGAUCUAUUUCUUCAUUGCUGCCUCCUACGCCCCUUGGCUGAACCUGCGGGAGCUGGGUCCCUGGGCCUGUCACAUGCGCUGGUUGGUGUGGGUCAUGGCGUCUUUUGGAACCACCUACGUCUUCUUCUUCCAUGAGAGGUAUAAGAUCAUGGAGUUGAUCUGCUAUACAGUGAUGGGAGUUUUUCCUGCCUUGGUCAUCCUCUCAAUGCCGGAGCAGUCCGGGUUGUGUGAGCUGCUGGUGGGCGGAGCCUGCUACUGUCUGGGGAUGGUCUUCUUCAAAAGCGAUGGCAUCGUCCCGUUCGCUCAUGCCAUUUGGCACAUGUUUGUAGCUAUGGGAGCAGCCAUACACUACUACGCCAUCUGGAAGUACCUCUACGCCCAGCCGCCCAAUCAGGUCCAGACCUCCAGAUGA